GCGAGCUGUGAAAGUCUCAGAAAACUACAAAAGCAUGUGUGUGCCAGCCUACAGGUCUGCAGGUGCUCCUGCGGAAUGUCUCCAGUGCACAGAUUAAUACCAGUUUAUCAUGGGCUGCAAUAAUAAAACAACAGCGCAGUUCAGUUUUUUGAUCGCCCUGCUUUCAGGCUUCCUGUCUACAUUCUCUGUGAGAUCUGCAGCUUCAGAAGGAGGCUCUAAUGGAUCAGUCUCCACAGUCUUUAAAAGCCCUGCAGGAGCGGCCUGUACUGUCCCGGGGAGGGAGUGUCUUAACGGCGGUACUUGCUACAAGAACAGCCAGGGAAACGCCCUGUGCAGUUGCCCACCUGGAUUCCUGGGCACACUGUGCCAGACCAGUAACCCCUGCCAGAACAACCCCUGCCAGCAAGGAGGCUCCUGUCAGCCACACAGAGAGGGGGGUGGCUACACCUGCACCUGCCGGACAGGAUUCGAAGGGCACCAUUGUGAGCAGGACUCAGACGAGUGUCUUGAGCAGAUCUGUAGAAACGAAGCCUCCUGCUUCAACACCUUUGGGGGCUUCGUGUGUGCCUGCCAGACCGGCUGGGGGGGCACGCUCUGCGACGUGCGGGAGGAUGUCUGCUUGUCCCGGCCCUGUCACAACGGGGGCUCCUGUGUGGCCAAGCCUGAUGGGGCCUUCAUCUGCAGCUGCCCCACCGGCUUCACUGGCCUCACCUGCCAGAUCAACAUGGAUGACUGUGCCAGCAACCAGUGCGGCCCAAACUCUGUGUGUGAGGACGGGAUCGGGGCCCACACCUGCAUCUGCAACGAGGGCUAUACUGGUAUAUUCUGUACUGAAAUCCUGGACAAGUGUUUAUCAGCACCCUGUCAAAACAAUGGAACAUGUGUGGACAUUAUCUUUGACUACAAAUGCGAGUGCCCGACGGAGCCUCUGAAGUAUAGCGGUAGAAACUGUGAGGAGCUGUAUGACCCGUGCUCACAGAAGCCCUGCGCCAGCUACAGGAACUGUACCAGCACUCUCGGAACUGAAGAGUACCAUUGUAGCUGCCCAACAGGCUUCACGGGCAACAACUGCACUCUCAAUAUCAAUGAAUGUGAUAGCAACCCGUGCAUUGAAAACAAGACUGAGUGUGUGGAUGGCAUCAAUGGGUACACCUGCCAGUGCCGGAAUGGCUACACCGGGGAUGACUGCCAGUCUAAGAUAACCAGUUGUACCGCUGAGACCUGUCUUAAUAAUGGGAGCUGCAGCGAUCGUCCUGAGGGCUACCUGUGUGAGUGCACCCCUGGGUUCAGGGGGGAGCACUGUGAAGCCAAUAUCAAUGAAUGCCAGCUCAGCCCGUGUAGAAACGGAGCCAUCUGUGUGGACGGAGUGAAUGAGUACCACUGCUUCUGUGUGCCUGGGUUCCAGGGCUAUAACUGUGAGAUUGACAUCAAUGAGUGUGCCUCCCGGCCCUGCAAGAACAACGGGAGCUGUAUCAACGAGAAGGACCACUAUGUGUGCACGUGUCUCCUGGGGUUUACAGGAGUGAACUGCGAGGUGGAGAUAGACGAGUGUAAGUCCGGGCCGUGUCAGAAUGGUGCUACCUGCAGUGACCAUGUGGGCCUCUACACCUGCACCUGUCCUGAGGGCUACGAAGGGCUGGAGUGCCACAUGAACAUCGACGAGUGUGCCAGCCAGCCCUGCCACAACGGAGCCUCCUGCCUGGACCUGGUCAAUGGGUAUAUAUGUAACUGCAGUGACACCGGCUUUGUAGGAGAGAACUGUGAGAUUGAUAUCCCUGAGUGCGACUCUAAUCCGUGCUUCAAUAACGGCAGCUGUGUGGAAGGAGUCAAGAACUACAGCUGCCUGUGCUGGAGCGGCUUUGAAGGGCACCACUGUGAGCUGGAUAUCGAUGAGUGUGAAGAGCAGCCCUGUCAGAACGGUGGUCUGUGCUACGAGCGCUCCAACCAGAUCUAUUACGGGGAGCUGGCGGAGUUCCAACAGGAGUUCAGCUACAGGACAGCAGCGGGAUACCUGUGUCACUGCCAGCCAGGCUUUACAGGGAAGAACUGCUCUGUGAACAUCAAUGAGUGUGCCUCCAUGCCUUGUCAGAACGGGGGGAGCUGUGAGGAUCUCGUCAACGGAUACCAGUGUCUGUGUGAACCUGGCUUUACAGGAGUGGGCUGCGAGACCAACAUUGACGAAUGUGAAAGCAACCCCUGUGCGAACGGGGGCCAGUGUGAAGACAGCAUCGACGACUAUACCUGCCUGUGCCCUGCAGCAGGACAAGACGCCACCCCCUGGGGAGGCAAAAACUGUGACACUCAGUUGGUGGGCUGCCAGGAGAACGACUGUCAAAACGGAGCGACAUGCCACCCAAUCUACCAGAGCGGCACUCACAAAUACUCCUGCCACUGCCCCCCGGGUUUCUAUGAUGACCACUGCAACACCUCAACCACAUUUUCCUUCACAUCAUCAGGCUACAUUCUCAUAGAGGUUCCGCUGAGAAACAGAACCAAGAGGGGCGUGGGCACCACCGGAGCCAGCAUCAGCCUCCGAUUCAGGACCACCUUACCUGAUAGGAUUAUAUUUUACAGGGGGGACGACUCAGACUACAUGUACCUGGAGAUCAUCGAGGGCCUACUUCAUGCUAGGGCAGUGCUAGGGGGCUCUCACGUCAAUACAUCUCUGCCUGGAAAAGUAAACAAUGGCCAGUGGCAGGAAAUCAGUGUGAUUUUGAAAGAUGGUUUAGUGCUGGCCCAUACAAACUGUGAGGAUGGAGACUGCACAAAGACCCAGGAGGGCUCUGAACUGCUCCGUAAUAUUCCAGAGUCCUUCAAGAUGGUCUCUGUUGGUGGGGUCCGGUCUGAGUCCUUACUCAACAACACUGAAAGCAGGAUGAAUUUCAUUGGCUGCAUAGAGGACCUCCUUAUUGAUUCCCACCCCGUGCUUCCUCAGAUGAUUUCUGAGAGCAUGACGGAGGGAUUGCAGCUCGGCUGCAGCAAGCCAGAGUGGUGCGAGCCCAACCCGUGCUCAGAACAGGGCAGCUGUGUGGAUCUGUGGACCAGCUCCAGAUGCCACUGCUUCCGUCCUUUUCAUGGGCCCAAUUGUUCUAACGAGUACACAUCAGCAACCUUCAGCCAGGAAGACAGCACUAGUUCCGCCUCCUUUAACAUCAGCAGCAGUCACGGCUCCAACUUCACAGUCUCAUUUUUCCUGCGCACGCUGAAGCAAGAGGGCUUGAUAUUUCAACUGAGUAAUGACACAGGCCCAUACUUCACCCUCUAUCUGAAGAUGGGCAGGAUCAACGUGCAGACCCUGUCGGACACCCCUGCAGUGGCGCCCAUGUACUGUGCCAACGGAGAGAAGCAGCUGCUCACCGUGCAGUCCAGUGAUGGCAGGGUCACGGUCGGACAGUCUCACCUGGAUUAUAAACUGACCCGGCUGCCUUCCGUCUCAGUCGAGGCUGGGGAUGUAGCCCAUGUCGGAGGCCUUUCUGUGGAAGAGGAUGCAUCUGCCUGGGGAGGGUAUUUCAAGGGCUGUUUGCAGGACCUGCGGCUUGACAACUCGCUCCUGGAGUUCUUCCCUCUGGAGAAUGGUAACUCCAGCACGACAAAAGACAUGUACGGCUUCAGGAAGACUGUUAAUGUCACGCAGGGUUGCCACAGCGAUGACACCUGUCGGUCUGGACCCUGUGAGAAUGGAGGCUCAUGUCAAGUGACCUGGAACGACUUUGUCUGCUUGUGUCUUGCGAACUUCACCGGCAGGACGUGUGAAAGGAGAGUGUGGUGCAGCAGCAGCCCCUGUCCGCACCUCAGCCAGUGUGUGGAUGUGCCUGGGGGCUACGAGUGCAGAGCAAAUGCAACAUUUCAGGAAAACAACACUAUUGAAUAUGCUGCCAACAAGUCUCUCAACUGGCCAGUAACAAGCAUUUCCCUGGACGUGAGGACCAGAGAUGGGAAUGCGGUUCUUCUGCGAGCCACCAACCAAGUGGAACUUUUCUGCAUUGGACUCCACAACUCCACACUGCUGGUCAAGCUGAGGACAGAGAACAGCGUGGAAAUAGUCACCAUACAGAGCGACUUCCCCAUCACAGACGGCCUGUGGCAUAAAAUCAUGGUUGGUAUGAUGGAACCGAAGCAGGGGUCAUCGAGAUGGGCCAUCACGGUGGACGGGAAGCAGAACGGAACCAGCCUGGGCGAGGCUGGCAACCUCAACUUCCUCAACGAAUCUACUGUGAUGCUGGCUGAGAAUUACACAGGCUGCCUCGGGACUGUGAGAGUGGGUGGAGUGUAUCUCCCUUUCACCGAAGACCACACAGUACCGCAGCGGGAGCAGUUUAUCAAGCGCAGUGGGGAAGAGAUUCAAAUCGGGUGCAGAGGAAACCCGGUCUGCACUCCAAACCCCUGUUAUCAUGAGGGAAAGUGUGAGGAUAUGUUUAACUUCUUUGAGUGCAGUUGUCCCCAGGGCUGGGGUGGGCUAUAUUGCCAGUCUAAUAUUGACGACUGCCAGUCCAGUCCCUGUCUCCAUGGCAAUUGUACUGACUUGCUGGCUGGCUACAAGUGCGACUGUUACCCAGGUUACACUGGGAGGGACUGUGAAACAAACAUUGAUGACUGUGCUGAAAACCUGUGUCAGAAUGGAGGGGUGUGCUCUGAUGGUAUUGACACUUUCAGCUGUGCCUGCCCUCAUCAGUUCACAGGUCCUCUAUGCCAGUGGCCCUACCCGCCAUUGCAGUGUGGGAAGGAGGUUUGGUGUCAGAAUGAUGGAGACUGUGAAGAUGGCAUCUGGGGAGCUAAAUGUACCUGCAGGACUGGCUUCACUGGAGAGAGCUGUGAAACUGAUAUAAACGAGUGCGUCCCCAACCCCUGCCUCAACGGUGGCACCUGCCGUGACCUGGUCAACAAUUACGAGUGCAGCUGCGGUGCCAGCUAUGUGGGACAGCGCUGUGAGACUGAUAAACAGGAGCAGACAGACACAAUCCCCGUGGUGGUGAUAGCUGUGCCGGUGGUCUGUGGCUGCUUGCUGCUCAUGAUUAUCGGCCUUAUUUUCAUGGUGCUCACUGCAAGGAAGAGGCGGCAGUCUGAGGGGACCUACAGCCCCAGCCAGCAGGAGGUGGCAGGGGCCCGCUUGGAGAUGGGCAGCGUCCUCAAAGUGCCCCCGGAAGAGCGCUUGAUCUGAAUGGCGCCUCCCCCAUCCUGGGUAGGACUUUGGAAUGGUUGGCAUCAGAGUUGCUUGACUGACUCGGUGCACGUUGAUUUGUACAGCACUUGGACAUUGGGAUUGCUGGAUUUUACUUACUACUGACUUCUGUCUUAUACACUGAAUUGAUUCCACUCAAGCAGUACAGGGGUCCUGCUAGAUUACACAGUACUGUAAUGAUGUAAUGAAAUGACUGGACAGAGGUGGGAUAUGAGUUUUAUAAUUAGCUGCUGGUAGGGGAUGUGUUAGAUGCCUUGAGUCUCCUGUUUUAUAUCAAGUCAAGCUCAGAAAAUCACUUCAUGAACUCAGCCCAGCAUUUCUAGAUAGCUGUGGCUGGAUAUAGUUCAUGUGAAGUGCCUUGUUCUGAGACUAAAUUACAAUAACCUUUUUUUUUAUAUCUAGGCCUAAUCUGGAAAAUGUAUAAAUACGUUUUGUGCUUUUUUUAAGGCUACACAACUUAAAUUAUUAUUGUUCAGGAUGUUUGAAUUUCCUUGAAUUUUGUAAAUGCCUGCAUUGUUUUGUGUAAACCAGGAUGAUUUCAUCUGAGAGCUAGAAUCUCGUGGAUUUAAUCGGUUAUACCAACAGUGCUAAUGUAAGUUUUGGUAAACAAAGUUGGAAAUGUUUGUUUCCCUAAACUUCUUUAGUAUCACUGAGAAUGUUAUGAUGUGUUUGGAGUCCUAACACAGUAAUUGAAUACAUGAUCUGUUUGGCCUCAAGCACUGUGCCACUCUUUAAACGGUGCUGUUUGUAGUUCAAGCUCCUUCAUCUUGAACGACAUCUUUGAACUCUGUGCCACUACUGAAUCUCAAAAACCUAUAAAUAUCCUGAACAAUCUCAUGUAUAAAACUGGACAUGGUGUAUAUGUAUUAUUUGAUUAAGACAGAUUUUUGGUAAUACAAAUGUUGUUCAGUUCCCCAAAGAAACAAUAACUUUGUUGUCUACAAUUAACUUUGUUAUCUACUUAACGGUUUUGUUUGGAAGAAUGUCCUGGAAAAAAUGUAAUCCACAUAAUUUGCAUAUAUGUGUGAACCUUACCAUUCUCGUAUAACAAUAGCUAACAAUAAUUCAAAUAAAAACAUCAUCAGUAUACCACUACUGAUACUGAAAAAACAGCGCUGUUGGAUGUUACAAAAUAAACCAGUGUUACAGUAUGACGACAGUCUCGGUACCCUUUAUAAACCGUUAAUAAACAGCGAUGAAGUGGUUGGUACAGGUAUAAGAAUCUAGAACCAGAAAUCUGUUCUGAAAAACAAGGACAAGUUCAUUUCAAAUUCACAUCUGCUUGUAUAGAAUUUAAAAUGAAUCCCCAAAAAACACAGCCCCUUUAGAAUUCUGAUACUGUUAAAAAUGUACAGUUAAAGAGAUGACAGAUUUGAUAGUGUACAGUUCAUCUAUGACUGUUUCCUAAGUAUUCAUUAUGUUUAACUUUGAAUAUAUUAUUUUCACAAGAGGUUUGAAUACAUAUUCUCUGGCUAGUCUUGCUACUGUUUGUUUCCACACUGUGUGUGAGGGCUAGUACAGUACGCCUGUAUCAUCAGUGUACACACACUGUGUGAGGGCUAGUACAGUACGCCUGUAUCAUCACUGUACACACACUGUGUGAGGGCUAGUACAGUACGCCUGUAUCAUCACUGUACACACACUGUGUGAGGGCUAGUACAGUACGCCUGUAUCAUCACUAUACACACACUGUGUGAGGGAUAGUACAGUACGCCUGUAUCAUCACUGUACACACACUGUGUGUGAGGGCUAGUACAGUACGCCUGUAUCAUCACUGUACACACACUGUGUGAGGGAUAGUACAGUACGCCUGUAUCAUCACUGUACACACACUGUGUGUGAGGGCUAGUACAGUACGCCUUUAUCAUCACUGUACACACACUGUGUGUGAGGGCUAGUACAGUACGCCUUUAUCAUCACUGUACACACACUGUGUGAGGGCUAGUACAGUACGCCUGUAUCAUCACUGUACACACUUGUUUCUUCCGUUAAAAACCUCCAGUCCAUAUUACUUGGUUUCUGUAUCUGUUCUGUAGAAGUAACAUGCUGUCUAAUACAGUAUUCAGCAUGUAAGCUAUUGAUUUUGUGCUGCGUUGCAGGGGCAGGGUGAGAUUCUUGGGUUUUCAUGCACUGUAACCUUGCUGACCUCUUCUAUACACUAGUAUACCAUUCAUAAAUAUAACACGCUAUGGCAAUUCAUUAUAAACAUGUACUUAAUAAGGUCUGAAAGAAACAUUAGUAUUAGUUUACGUCUAAUUGUCUUUCUGCUUGGUACUGGACAAUUUAUGAGAACCAGAACUCACUACCGAUCUACCGAAUGUUACCGGAGGGCAAAUUCUAGUGAGUGAAUAGCCAUGGAAUAUGUAUUUAAUGGGCUCUACAUGAUUACACACUUUGUUGCAGUGAUACAAUAGAGAUUUUGGACAUGAUCAGAAAUCAGGAGCAGCUGGAUAGCUUUUGUCAGCUGUGCCAAUUCGCAAUUGCUUAAAAUGUAUAUGAUAGAAACUACUGUACAAAAGAGGACUUCUAAAAUGUGUUUAAUGCAUUUAAAAGGGCCUUACUGUCAUCAAUGUGUUCUGAUGCAGACUACUGAAAGAAAUCCCCAUAAGUAUUUUUUUUUAUUUUUUAUUGCAAGUUCCCAACAAGAACAUAACAGGGUCCCUUGUGGUCAGAAAGAGUCAGUGUUUAAAGAGACCAACCUUUUUCUUUUUUAAACACUCUGCAGUACAAGUCUCUCAGCGUGGAUUCUUUAAGGAGACAGAGAAAUAAUUCUGAAAAAUAAAUAAGAUACAACUUGAUUUAUUUUAUUUAAAAGAAAGAGGUAUUUUCUAUCUUGUCCAUAUAAUUUACAUCAACACUAAAACUUUAACAUCAGUUAUUGUAAUAGAAAAAUCCUAUUCCCAGAUUAUGGCAAUAGUGUUGUUUGAAAUGUGAAAAUGAAGAUGUUAUCGUACUGCUUUUUAAUAAAAUUUUUUUUAAUGAAACCACAAUAUUUCUUUAUUUGUAUUUACCAGUUUUAUAUUCUGAAAAUUGGCCAACUAAUUUAUACCAAGGACAUCCAUGAAUGUAAGUGUGUAGAUUUCCCUAACCAAUACAAGGCUGUGUGAUUAACACAGAUACCUGCUAACUUCACUGACACCGCACAUGGCCAUUUCAAAAUAAUCACCUGGGUCCUGAUUAAAAGGGCUUUGCAGUGGUAUGCACACACUACUUUAGUGACAAACGUAAUCAAAAAAACCAAAAGACUCACAGUUAAACUGAGAGGUAAAACUAAAAUAAGUUAAGUAGAAACAAAACCGUGUACCUUGUGUAAUGUUUGCGUAAUGUUUUUUGUUUGUUUUGUAUUUCAACUCUUUGGUCAUCAAUGCUUUGUCCUUUUGUAGCUUGAUUUUCUACACCUCUUUUUGCUGCUUAUUUUUUAUUGAAAUGACAGUAGCACAGAGCUGUAUGUAUAUUAUUUGUAUUAAAUGGAAUGUAUUGUUCUGAUUAAACGGGUUCUAAAAGA